AUGCCCAACACGGCUCCUGGCCAACCUCGGCCAGACGAGGCUCGAUGCUAUAACUGUGGUACUGCUGGCCAUUGGGCUAUAGCAUGCCCCGAGCCUACGCGAGAAACCCCAGCUGGUCUUGCAGCUUGGAGGAACUCCAAUACUCCAGGACAUGGCGGUAAUAGGGAUCAUCAUGGCGGUUCAAAGAAGUCGAAAGGGCCUAUUAUAACCAAAUACGCACCUGCGCCUGUACCAGCACCGGCACCAGGAGUUGCUCGAUAUGGCCCGCCUCCAAACUAUGGACCUCCGCCUACGCCAUAUUCAGUAGGACCUCCCUCUUAUCCUCCUCAUUAUCCUCCUUACGGAAGCCCAGCAUCUAGUUAUGCACCUGGAUACUCGCCCCCAGGCUAUUCUAACCCGUAUCCUCCACCUUCCUAUGGUGGUCCUCCCCCGGGUCUACCGGCGCAUCCUCAUAGACCACCGGGCACUUAUAAUUCACCCUCGCCACCUCAACCUCCGGGACCAUCAUCGUACUCACGCCCUUACGGACAUCCUCCGCCUCAUCAAGAUCAUGCACCAUACGCCCAUCAACCUCAUUAUCCUUCUUACCCUCCGCCUGCUUCAGCACCAUAUGGGCAUCAUGCUCCGCCGCCGUCUUACCCACGUCCGUUCCCCCCUCACAGUGCGCCACCUACAUAUAGACACCCGCCACCUCCUAGGCCUCCUGUCCAAUCUCCAGCGCCCCCGAAAGCAUGGCCAAACCGAACAUCUGGAUCACCUCCUAUGCCGCGUCAAAGUCCUGCCUCAAUAUUGUCUUUGCCCGCUUCGUUACCUCCGAAGCCUUCUUUGCCCCCCAAACCUCCACAGCCUCAUCAGCAUGGACAACCUAAUCGAGGCCGUCGAGACUUUCCUGAUCACUCUCGCGAUCACCGGAACAAACGUAAGAACGACCGGCAUAAUCGUAACCAUGACAAUCGACAGAAGAAGAACCAACACCCUCGACAAGAACAGAAACCACAAGACGGGAACAGUGGACGAUCUGAUCCCAAGGCAGCCAACCUCCCUAAACCCCCUCCACGUCAAAAGCAAGAACAAAAGAUCUCAUCCAUUUCACCUGCCAAGCAAAAGUCAAGUACACCUUCAGGGACACCUGAAAUUAAGAAGGCUCAAGUUGAAAGUCCUAUUAUACCUGAUUCAUCACAGAGACAAGAACCAAAACCAAAUCCAGAGCUAGAAACAGUACCAGAACCAGAACCUGAAGCUGAACCUGAGCUAGAACCGGCACCGGUACCGGUAGAAGUGCCCGAGAAGGCUACCGAAGACGAUUGGGAAUGGGAGAAGGAGACAAUCCUCAAAGAGGCAGAACCCCAUCACCCCCCAGACGAAGUUGGCAAGCCGUUGCCUGCAGAAUAUAACGAAGAGGUGCUUCUUCCUAGAAAAUGGGAUGCUCAAUGCAUCGAAUCGGUCUACGUCCAAGCUGACAAUAUCGAGGAAUAUGUCAAACCGAUACACGAAACACCGUAUUGGUCAGACGUCGAAUUCGACCCCGCGUUUGUACGGGACGGUAAGCUUCCUAGCGGAGAUACCGUCUCUGAGCUCCCGCCAAGGGUCAAUCAACGUGCUCGGAGUGAAAGGUCCGAAAGUGGGGAGGUUAUCGAACAACACCCCAAACGAGGUCACUCAGAUGACGAUACUCCUGUUGAACGACCAUUGAAGAGGCAAAGAUCCCGGAGCUCUUCCAAUGCGAGGCGCAGAGGAUCGCACGACGCUUAUUCGGGUUCAUAUGAUACAUACGAGCCCAAGAGACAUAAACCACGUCGCGAAAGCUCCGAAUAUCGGUCAACGAAUUUCCAUAAUGUCGAUGACCAUCGGCGAUUAGACAGGCACCAUCGGGAUCGAGAUCGAGGAAGAGAUCGCGGUCGCAGUCGCAGCCGUAGCCGCAGCCGAAGCCGUGGUCGUAACCGUAGUCGAAGUCGCACUCGAACACCAGCCUCAAGAGACUCUUCGGUGGUGUCGGCUGCAUCGUCAGGUCUGGAUUCCUUAGAAGCUGAGUUGCUAGGACGAGACUCCAAGGCCAAAACACCUGAAGAGUCCCCGAGGCGGAAAUCAUCGUUGUCAGGAUUGAAGCCCAAGCGUCGUCAGACGAAGCUCGAUUCGGCCUAUAGCCGUCGGUGGUAAACUAAGCGUAUCACAUCAUCGCGAUGCUGCCCUUCUCAAUCUUGAACGGUACUUGAUCUUUUCUUUGUUUCGCUCUCCAUCUCGGAACCGCAACCUUCAAGUUGC